AUGCCUAUCGGACAAUCCAGUACCAACAACACCACCUCUGGAGCCGAAGGAGCCGCCAAAGGUCUAACCUCCACCCUCGGAAAUCUCACCGGAGGAGUCGUCAAAACUGCCGGAGGAGCUGUCGGAAGUGUCGGACAAGGUCUCGGUGAGACGAUUAAUAAUACAACUGGUACCAAAGCAGUAGGAAAUGGACUUCAAGGUCUGACGGGUGGAGUGAAAGAUGGUGCGGAUGCUUUGGGAAAGGGAGCGGAGAAUGCGGGACAGUGGAAAUAG